AUGGAUAAAGAAUAAGUGAUACCCACUCUGCAGCAACAAGAAAAGGAGUUGGAGAAGAAGCGUGGUGGAAAGGGUUUGGAAGAGCACUUCAAAUUGUUUAAUGAUCUUUUGAAAUUGAAAUAAGCAUCCUACACGAAGGCCAUAAUAAUGCUGAUAGUCGCCUUUAUCCAUCAUAUAAUGAGUUAAAUUCGACAGUACCGUAAUCAGUAUAUUCAGAUACAAGAACGUGAUAAAUCUCCACUAUUCAUCGGAGUCAACAAUUCUUAAUUAAAUAAUCGAUUCCGGCACGUACUUCGACAUUCAGGGUUUACUAAGACAAGACAUUACGAUUAAUUACAUAAUGUUAUCCAUAUUUUUGCUUGCCACGAUCGGUAACACCCUAUUAUAUUUCAUUCUUUACAUACUACAAUCGGAUGAUUAUCGAGUGAGAAAGAAGUUCAUAGGGAAGGUACUAAAUGCUACUAUCUAGAAAUUUGUGCAAUUGUCUGAGUGGUACAUUUGGAUAUUCCAUUAUCCAGCCUUGGUAGUCUUUUUUGAGAACAUCGUUUGUGGUCCUUCCAUGGAUUGUUCAAUGAAUGCCGAGAGGAAGAUCUUAAUAGCCGUUUCCAUAUUAGGGUAUUACUUAAUAUUACAUCAGAGUGUGUUUCGGACUCUUCAACAUAUUUUUCUUGAGUGUAUUCUUCCAUAAUGACAGCAGUCAGAAGAAGGAUUGUUUCAACACAGAGAAUUCCCUCUAUUUAGCAAUGUUUCAUAUAUUCAGAGCUUUCCAGGCCUUUUUAAUUUCGUUUAGGUAUCAAUUAAACCAUAAACUCUAUAGUUCCAAUGAGUACUCUUAUCUAUGGGUUAUGAUGAUCUGUAUAUUUUUGGGGUAUUCUUUCUUUCUUAUAAAUUGCUUGUUCUACAGUGGAUACAUGGCUUUUGCCACUUCUAUUACACGUAACACAUUUCUAAUCUUACUCAUUAUAAUGGUCUCAUCUAGUUUUUCAAUGAUGAUUGAUGAGUUGUAUCGUCAGAACACUAUUGAACAAUCAUUCGAGAAUUUCAGUCUUUUUUUCACUUUGUCAUUCAUAUUUUUAGUUUGUUGCUUUGUUUACAAUUUGAGAAACUCCAAUUACGAAGACAUCAACUAUGAGAAAGCCAGUGACACUGAUUUUUCGAGAUAAGUAUUUGUAGUUAACUCAUUGCUCGAAGUCACUAAUUAAGAUAUCAACGUAGACUUGUUUUUUAAAGGCAUCUUACAAAGACAUAUGGAGUAGGAGUGUCGACAUACCAUAAUAUAGGGGGAAGGCAGGUGUUUUUGUAAGAAGAAGAAAACUUUUGAUUCCAAGAAGAAGAAGGAAGUAAUGUUGGAUGAUUGGCUUAUUCAUAAGACUAUUUUUGUAAAGUUCCUGAUAAAAUCCUGGAUGGAAACUAAACUGAUGGACAAUCCUAAUUCAAUUGAGUUGCAAUUGCUUUAUGCUAGGUACAUGUUCUUUAAAUUUCAAAAUCAUUAAAUUUCAUUGCAUAUAUUGAAUGGUUUAGAAAAACGGUUUCUGUUUGUCAUCAAUAGAUAUAAGGCCUAUCAAUUGAAAAUGAAGAUUAUACGAUACAUUAAACAUAGGAAUCAAGAAAGUUAUAGGGAGAGAUUGGAAAUUUAGAAUGCCUUAUUCAUUGAAGAUCUGAUUGAAACAAUUAAAAAGAACAUUAAUCAGAUAAUGAUACAAAAUUGUGCAUUUUGGAAAUGUUUAUAGAAAGAAGUGAUUGACCUAUAGGAAUUGGAUGAGUUACUCAAGAAUUAAUUUGAGAAGAUUGAAUACACAAAUAAUUUAUGGGUGUAGAUUCAGAAUUAUUUGGAUUUCAAGAAAAAAUGGAAAUUUUAUUAUGCUUGGUUCACUCUCUAUAUAUAGAAUAAGAAAUUAAAAAAUAAAAUAUUAGAUAACUUCUAGGGAUUGUCAGUGAAUGAGAAUGAUAUCUUCUCUGAAGAAGUCCAAGAAAAUAAUUUAGAAGAAGACAUAGCUAGUGUGAAAUCAGAUCAAGAACAAAAAUUGGAUAUGGAUAAAAUUGAUAUAAAAAGCAAGAAGAUUAUAUUUGAUAAAAAAGCAUGCAUUAUACAAACGACUGAUGAUCCUGAUGCUCUAAUCAUCAAAGUCAAUAAACAAUUUACAAAGAUCUUUGGAUAUACUCAUGAAGAGGUUUCAAACAAAUUUCAAAUCACUCAAUUGAUGCCUGACAUAUAUUCGAAGGUACAUCCAUCCUUGUUGAAUGAUUACAAAAUGACAGGCAAGGGACAUGCCUUGUAUUCUUAAAGGAAAGUCUAUUGCAUCCAUAAACAAGGGUUCAUGUUCACAGCCCAAAAGUUUCUAAAACUAUAUGUGGAUUUGAAUGGAUAGUCACAAUUUGUCGUAAUGAUUAGACCCACUGAUUUAAAUAAUGAAAAAAAGCAUGAUGUAAUAAUAUUGAAUUAAGACUGGGAAAUCAAUGGGAUGACUCCAAAUGUGAUCUAAUCAUUAUAAAUAGAUUAGUCAUUGUUCUAGAAAUAGAAACUGCAAACCUUAAUCAAUAUUUUGUUAUUUGCACCAAAGUUAAUAUAAUUUAGUAGAGCAUGUCAAUUGAUAAAUGAAGAAACUGACUUAGAAUUGUUUGGGAUGCAGAAAAUUAAAAAGAAAAAAGAAGAACCUUUGGGGAAAUCAGUUAAACGUGUUAACAACAUGCCAGGUUAGUUUAAAAUAUAGGUCAACAUGACAAAUUCUAGUUCUCAUAAUCUAAUUCCUGGGAGAAGUGGAAUCACCUCAUCCGGUGAAGUUGACCUCUCAUCAAAUUAUUUGCAGAUGCAAUCUUUAGAUGUGCCAGAUGAUAACAAACAAUUUCUAUAAUAAUAGAGUAAUGCUAGUGAGAGGAAUGAUGUUCAAGACUUUAAGAAUUAAAUCGAUUAGUAUUCUGAAAUGCAGAAGGAUAUAAAUGAAUAGUAAAAUAAAAAGGUUGAUGAAUAGAUUAAGAAAAUGUAUGAAACAUAGUUCCAGAGCAAUUAUAAAAGAAUUUAAACCAAAUUUGAAAGUAAUGUUCAUGUUGCAGGAGGAGACUAGAGUGAUGACAACAUGAGCAAGGAUGAAAUUGUUAAAUAGAAAGGCCAAUUUGUUUUGGAUGGUAAAGUAAACAAUGGAGAACCCAUUUCUUUUCAUAUGAAACUAUCUGAUAAGUUUUUGGCUGCAUGUAAGCACUACACUGAAUCUAAAUACAAACUCUAUUAGAUCAAGAAACAAUAAGAUGAUGUAAAUGUAUAUACAUAUUCAAGCAUGUUAAAUAAGAGGAGAAGCAAGACAAGGAAAGGGAAAAGGACAAGGGCAAAUUGAAAGUGAAUGAUAAGAAACUAUUUGUGAAACAAGGCACUUAGUAAAGAGAAUUCAAGAAAAGAGCUAGAUUAAUGUUUUAGAAAGCAGCUGAAAGAAGAAAGAAUGAUGAAGACAAAGGGUAUUAUGAAUUGAUAAAAGAGAUAUACUAAGAUAUCUUGAAAGAUCAAUAAAAAGUUAAGUCAUUUAAAAUUAUUUGCACAAUCUCAUUCUAUAAAAUAAGAGAUGAACGUAUUGGAAUCAUGAAAGUAUCCAACAUUUCAGAAAUACUCAAAAACAAAAUUCGUCAAAAUGUUCGUAAACAAUCUUAUAUGAUGUUAAAUAAAGGACUCUCUAGAGGUAACUUUUAUAUAUAUUAUAAUCAUUCCUAGAUAUGUCAAGACUUAAGAGUAUACAAAACAUAGAUGGUGCAAAAUACUUAACCAUGACUAGUGAUGGAGAAAGCAAAAUAGUUUCACCUCAUCAACCAUAGUCUUCUCCAACCAAUUCAAAUGUCAAAAUCAAAGUAGCCGCUAAGUCAAAUGGAUUGGGAUAUUAACUAUAAAAAGAGGACAAUUUGGAAGACUCGGAAGACAAGGAUGCUUUAGUUGACUUUAAAGGACAACCGAAAAUGAUCAAUUGGGAUACCUUUCAAAAUCAGUUUAAGAUGCAAUAAGGCACUUAAAGCUUUUCUUUAAACGUUCUUGAUAACAUAUUUAGGAAAGAGGAUAAUAAUAAGCCCAGGAAAUUACUAGUCAAAAUCUCGUAUCUCACUUGGUUUCUGCGAUUCAUGUAUGUUACAAUCUUAGCAUUAAAUUUAAUCACUUACUUUCUUAAACCUUAUUCAGUAAGCUUAUGAUUGUAUACCUAGGACUUUUUACCAAUUAAAACUUAAUCCGCUCGUAUCUUACAAUUAUCGCAAAUGCAAACCUAUAUAAUUGAAGCCUAUGACACAGUUAUGGAUUUGCUACUCUACAAAAAUGCGGAUUUUAAGAAUUUACUAGUCGAAGGAGUGGCCCUUGAUACUCAGGAUAAAUUCUUCACUUACCAAACCCUAUAAAUAGAUUAGGGAUACGAAUAUUUAAAAUUAUAAAUUAGGGAUCUGAAUUUACAAGAAACCUUUUUAGAUGAAUCAAUAUUUCAUAGUAAUGCUAUUACUGAUCAGACUAUUGCUGAAAUUCAGAAUGUGUCCAUUGUCUUAGAUUACAAGGAUGUGUUUACAAAGGUAAUCCUAGUUGAACAUCAAGUGUCCAUUCUAUCUUCUGAGGAAUUGAUUCAACUAAAUGAGUCAAAUUCCUUGGUGAAGUAUAUGAGGAAUGUCACUGUUCCCACUCUCUAUUUAGAAUUUAAUGAUGCUGUCUUGCUCUUGGAAGAUAUCCUUAUCAAUAAAUCAAGUUCGAUGUCUGAUUUUGUGAUCAUUAUUCUGAUCUUGGAAUCUUGCAUUUUUAUCAUUGGUUUCUUUGGAUUAUUACUAAUCAUCUUAUGGAUUUGUCAGACCUACAAGGCAGUACUUAAAAUGUUUAUUAUGAUCAAGAAGAACGAUUUAAAUAAGAUUGUCAAACAAUAGUAAUUUGUUUAAACUUAAUUCCAAUACAUACUAAAUAAGGAUGAUGAGAUAUCGGGCAUAAUUCAAUAAAAUGAUAAGAAACUCUAAAUCAAUCCUAAAACUAAUUUCUAAUAAUAAUAAAAUUUCCUACUAAUUAAUGAAGUUGAAGACUAAAACCUUACUAAAAGAAAGGACAAGCAGAUUCUUGAAAAGUAAUUACUUAAAAAAUUAACAAUUAAAAUGUCCUUAAUCUAUAUCUUAUAUGUGUUGUUUUCAUCCUCUGCAUCCUUAGUAUUUUUCUUAACAUUAAGCGACUCCUCAUAAUAGAUUACCAAAUUAAUUUCUACUGGUGCAGACUCCAUUUAAGAUUUCAGUGAUAGUUAACUUUUAUUAGUUUCAGUCAAAGAGAAAUAUUUCAACCCUGAUUAAUAUAAUUAAAAUUGCUUAGAAUAAAUUUCGACAAUUUUACAACAACAAAUUACUGAUAUCAAAAGCACUCCUUCUAUUGAGAAUCCAAAUUAUGGCACAUAUUAUACAAGUUUCCAAUCUAUUUAUUUCGGAAAUUUAUGUUAGUAUCUUUAGGAAAAUUCUUAUUUGGAUACAGUGGCUGCUGAUGAUUGUUAGACUAUUUUGAAUGGUAAACUAAAACAAGGAGUAGUAGCAUUUAAUUAAUUAUAUUCAUCCGUCACUGAAGGUAAUAGUUCAUUUAUAUUAAGAUUACGUUUUGAAUAAGGAGACUAGAUUUGGGUAGAUCAAUUUGGAAACUAUUUGGCAAUAUAAUGUAGCCAUAGAUUACAUCAAAUCUGCCUUCAAAGCUUUACUAACUUCUUGGUCUAAUGAUCUAGGGAAUCUAAUUGAUCAAUACUUUACUCUAAUACUUGUUUUGUUGAUUGUCAUGGUAGUAUUUUAACUACUAGUAUUUAUAACCAUAGCAGAAAUGUAUUUAGUUAAUCAAUUGAAUAAAUCAUUUCAGUUCUAUAGGAAAAUAUAUAAAUCUUAUAUGCCAAACGAUAUCAUACAAAAAGAGAAAAUUAUUAGAGCAUCACUUAUUAAAUAUAGUAUUAUUAAAAGAUGA